UUAAGAGUAACUAAUGUUAGCGUUAGUCAGAGUUCAGAUUCCUGACUAUCUCACUGUUUCCAUGAAAUCCUCAAACUUAACCAAAAAAAAACAGACUACAUAAUAGAACACAUCAUCCAUCUCUGACUUCAUUGAUAAAAAAAAAUAUUUUAGUCCGAACAAAAGGGAAGUGACACAAAUUUCGAGGAGCAACAAUCUUGAUAAAGCACUUCCUCGGACUUGAGUUAGACAGGAAGAUUUUUUUGUGAAACUUAAAUAUAGUUCUCUCUCCUUCGUCUCUCUCAGAGUCACAGAUGGUCACACAGCGGUAAAAUGCCUGAAACUGAAGUACUCUACUCUGAUGUUAAAUUCACAAAAAAGAAAGGAGACACCACUGAAACCGCUUCCUCAUCGAUUGAAGCCACUUACUCUGAAGUCAAGAUCUCGAAAACUCAGCCAUCCACCGAGCUGCCUGAAUGUUCAACAGCUUCCCAACAAGCGGUGUCAAAUGGAGGGUCAAAGGUCAAAUCACUGAAAGUUGCCCUGGUGAUUCUCUGUGUUCUCUUGGCAGUUGUGGUCAUCGCUCUUUGUUAUGUCUAUUAUCAUCACAUGCAAACCAAGAAAAACUACCAAACACUGACAGCCAAGUAUAAAGAUCUGGAGAAAAAUUUCACAGAGACACUCAAUCUCACUCAAAACAUGGUGCCACCUUCCUGCCCAAAACCUCCUGAAAUAAAACUAAAUGAUUCAUGCCCAAAAUGUGACAAAGGCUGGGAGCAACAUGGAGGGAAGUGCUAUUAUUUCUCCAUCACAAAUUCAUCCUGGGAAGAGAGCAGACGUUACUGCCGAAGUCAAGGAGGAGACCUGGUGAAGAUAGACAGCAGGGAAGAGCAGACAUUCUUGUCAAAGAAACUGAGUGACAAAAUGAACUAUCAUGAGGACAAGUUCUGGAUCGGACUGACAGACUCAAAGAAAGAGGGCGAAUGGUUUUGGGUGGACGACUCACCACUGAACACAAGUUUGUCUUUCUGGCGAAAAGGUGAGCAGGACAAUUGGACAAAGGAAAAUCCUGAAGGAGAGGACUGUGUGAGGAUGGGAGAGAAAGGAGAAACUGAAGAUCUGAACUGUUGGUUUGAUAAAUCCUGCGACGUGCCUCACAAAAGUAUUUGUGAGAAACAAACAUUAAAUUGGACUUAGAAGGGUUAUGUGUUUCUGAAAUCCAGUUGAGCUCAGACUUCUCAGUCUAUUUACAGUUUUCAUCAGUUGCUUUGGCACAAUUAUCAAUUAAAAAUCAUGAUUCUUACAACACAGUGUGCUAUUCUAAAACCUGCAGUUCAUUUUCUCACAAGUGUAUUCACAUUUCUUGUUUGUCGUUUCAAAUAUAUGAGUCCAAAUAUGUUCAGAUGAUCCAGUGAUGCAUUGAGUUAGUCUCUCUACUCUAGACGUGUAUAUCAAAAUGUUCAUUGUAUGCAGAAAACUGUCCAAACUUUUCAAAUAUACAUGUGACAUAUAUUUCAAGAAUAUAAAAACAAAUGAACAUUGCCGUUUUAGUGCAGCUUAUCACAUGUUAAAUGUAGUUUACAGAGUAUCUCAGGGAUUCCCAUGUGAUAUGGAGGGGAGGGUUACACCAUGACAAAAAUAUUUUGCUGGACGACAUUUACAAUGUUUCUUUUUAAAUAAAUAUUUACUUAUGCACAUGCAUUUCUGUACUGAGGCCUUUAUUUUUACUGUACUUUCAUUUAUGUAUUGUCUUUUUUUACAUCACUGUUACAUAUAUACUUACUGUCAUUAGGGGACAUGACAGAAAGGUGAACCGUGACAGUAAAUACACAGUUGAAAACGGUGUUUGUAUGACAUGAGUUUAUUCAGUUGGCUGUAGAGGCUAUUUGACCAAACCAACAAUGAAUUGAUCUGCUUACAAGUAUUGUGUG